AUGUGCGAGGGCGGGCUACCACCGGGGAAGCGUUUGGACUCCUGCAAGGAAGGGUCCCUGAAGCCCUGGAACCCCCGGCUCGGCUCCGGGGACGCCUCAACUUCGGGCGACGCCUUUUCCUCGCCGCAUCUCCCUGGGCAGAGGGGGGAGCCACCUCCUCGGGGACCAAGGCGCGGGCCCCUGGGGACGGAGGCGGAACAGACCCGCACCGCCCAGUCUCGUGCUGUGGGCAUUUCCGCCACCAGGAAAGGCCGGGGCAGCUCUGUCCCUGCGGGCAGCGGGAGACGCGCUUAUGGUCAGGAGCCACCUCAGUUUUUCCAGGUGAGUGGGUGUCCAGGAAGUGCCCCCGGAGUCGCCUCCAGCAGAGUGAGUCACUUACUGGGAAAACGGCAAAAGAAUCUAUUCACCGAGACCGCAGAGACAUUUUGCCCAGCACUUGGAAGCAUGUCUUUUUCCGACGCCGCCUCGGUGUCGUCUGUCACUGGCAAGGGGACCCACCGCAGGGGCCAAGGAAAGGAUUCCUGGCCGUCAAAGAGCCCUUUGGGCAGCAGAGCGUGGCUGGGAUGGUGUCCGCCCCGGGGGGACUCCCCUGCACUUAGAAAGGACCCACAGAGCAGACACAGAGGAGGAGGAGAAAGCAACAUGGCCAUGGAGACGGAGAUUGGAGGCACACAGCCACCAGCACUUUGCCUGAAUGCGUUGCUUUGACUCUUAGCUCGUCUCUCUUGGCUUUUCCACUGUCUCAGAUGAGCAACCUGGUGGCCUCCCAGGUGAUGACUUACGCCAAAUUAUGCCUGAAGGCACCAGAAGCUGGAAGAGGCAAAGAAAGAUGAGUCUUUGGAGGAAGCAUGGCCUUGCCAACACCUUGAUUUCAGAUUUCUGGCCUCCAGGACUGGGAGAGAAGAAAUUUGUCUUAAGCCACCAAGCUUAUGGCAAUUUUGUUAUAGCAACUCCAGGAAAUAAAUACCAGAAGUAUCAUUUAUAAUUUUAGGACAAAGAAUUGUUAUCGGAUCCCUCAAGAAGUCCAUGGACUUCUUUCCACUACACGUGUGUUGCUUGAAAGAGAUGUCCUAAGAAUCAAGAUCAAAUGGACUCUUGUUUAUGAUGCUCUGUCUAGUUCUCGGUAUUAGCUUGUGUUGGAUCAGUGGUUGCUUUUGGGUGGAGAGGCUCCACAGGGAGGAGACGCGAGGGAAUUUCCUCGGGUGAUAGAAAUGUUUCUCCUCUCGAUGGUGGUGUAAGUGGAUGAUGUUAACUAAGUGUUCACAUUUGUCAAAACCGACUAAGUUGCUCUUGUAAGGUCUGAACAUUUUCCUUCACGUACAUUAUACCUUAAUUUAAAA